AUAUUCCCGCCCCCGCAAGCCGCAGCGCAUCUGAUGCAGCUGCUGCCGCCGCCGUGGUGUUUUAAUGGGCCGUUCGUAUCGAUUGAUUUACUGAUGGAAAGCCUGCUGAAAUUUGGGCAGACUGCACCUCCAACAGUGGAUCCAACUCAAAAAUUAGAAAAUGGUACGAUGUUUGGAAAGCAUCGAAUAGAGGAUAUUAAGAAGGAUUUCUAUCAGCUCGUAGCGACGACGACUGACCCGAAUGUGGUGUUGGCAACAAGCGAAUACGACAAGCAGAAGGCAUCGAUUCAGAAUCGGAAAAGACGAGCGGCAGGAGCGGAUUCGGAUAGUGACGAGGAUAUGCCGAGGAAUAGCCCGGGAUUGAGGGAUAUAUACAAGAGGAGGAUGAAUGCGAAGACGCAUGAGUGA